GAUUAAUUUCCAUCUAAUCCGGUUGUAAUUUUAUAAGUUGAUAUUGUCUUUAUACGGAUUUAUUCUUUUGAUUUUUAUGUGUCGUAUAGAAGUAUUUGGUGUAAGUAAUACUUACACUUAAAUGCGUAGAUGUACCUAUAGGUAAAUGAGUGGUGGAAUGUGAUUAGUGAUUCGAUUGUGUUUUUCGUCGUCAGUUUUUAUUUAAGUAUUCAGAGUUCGCGAGAUUUCUUUCGAAUUACGCGAGUGCCGCUAUUAUGGGUUAUAUAGACUGUUUGAUUUCAUUUACUUUGAAAUUAGGUAUCCAUAGUUUAUAGGUACCUGUCUCUAUACGUAUGUACUUUUUAUUGAUUGAAGCAAGAAAGAGAUUACGAGUGUAACUGAGAACAAAUUACCAGUAAAAUCAGGUUCAGAUUUCAUCGGUUUGUAAAUUCUUUGUACUCUAUCAUGUCAUCGAGUAAUCAUAGCACCGUUAGAACAUUCGACGAAAUAUGGUGUAAGUCCGAACUUCGGGUCCAUGAGGUGAAUUAUGUUUGGACGAUUGAUAAUUUUGAUUUCCGCGAAGCUGAAGGGAGUUUUUUAUAUUCCUCUGAGUUCUCAGUUGUCUUAAAUGAUGAAAUUAAAUGGAAGCUGCAACUUAGACCUAAUGGUGAGACAGAUGCCAAAGAUACUAUUUCUUUCUUCUUAUAUAUCUGCAGUAGUAUCCUAACCGAGAAAGUGUACGCGAAACUCAAAGUCUCCGUGUUGGAUUUUCAAAACGAAAAGCGAUGUACCAAGAAGACUAAAGUAGCUGGAUUCGGUUUGGAUGGUGUUGGUAGUUGGGGCUAUAAAGAAUUAUUGACGAAAAAUGAUUAUUUUAGAGAAAAUUUAUUAAUCGAUAAUAAAUUAACGAUCAGCUGCGAAAUUAUUUUUUCCACGGUAUGUGAUGCCACUAAUGAAACUUCACAGAAAGGCGAAACAUCUGUAUUACUUCCAAACACUACUGUUUGUGAUCUUUCUUCUCAAAAUUUUGGACUUUCGUUGGAACAUCGCGAGUUUUCUGAUGUCAUAAUUUCAGUGAAUGGCCAAGAGUAUCUGGCUCAUAAGAUUAUUUUGGCGGCGCGUAGUCCAGUUUUUGCUGCCAUGUUCGCACACAAUGUGAAAGAAAACGAAGAAAAUCGUGUGUAUAUUAAUGACAUGGAUGAAGAAGUAGCGAGUGAAAUGCUUCGAUACAUUUAUACCGGAAAAUGUGAAAAACUAUCCGAACUGGCGACCGGUUUACUGGUAGCGGCUGAUAAAUAUGAUUUAGCUGGUUUGAAAAAUGUUUGUGGAUUAGAAUUGUCCAAGACUUUAUCGGUGGACAAUGCUGCGAGUAUUUUGGCAUUGGCAGAUAUGCAUGCCGCUGAAGCGCUUAAAAAAGCAGCGAUCAAGUUCAUCGUUUCUAAACGUACUGAAGUUUUAAAUACACAAGGUUGGAAAAAUAUUCAAAGUGUCGCGUUGCUCAAUGAAGUGUGCUCUGCAGCUUUGGCUCAUCGAAAGUAAACACCAUACCUAGAUAUGUCCUAUAGGCUAUACCUGAAUAAAGUUACGUGUGAAUUUUCUGAAUCAAAUGUUCUGUCUAUAUCGAUAAGAAACCUAUAUUUUUUUGCAUUAGAUAAUCUUUAGAAAUAAUUACGUGCCUAUAAUUAUUGUUUUGUUUAGUUCUGUAAUUGAUAUGUACUUAUACCCCUAUCGUUGAUGUGAAAUAAUAUUCGAAUUUUGUUCAUUAUUCAAAA